AAGCGGUCCCAGCGGCUCAAAUACUGUCUCGCAGACAUCGAAAUAUAACCACGCUGCUAGUCUUCGUCAGUGUGACUCGAUUUCUGAACAUCUUCCUCUGAAAUCGUCGGGGCCGCAACCGAUAACAGUAGCAGCAGUAGUACUGUAGUAGCAGAAAGACAGCCGCGUGUCAAAUUGCGACGGAGUUGAAGCAUUGGGCGAGGUCUGGAAUCGAACGCUAGUGAAAAGCGUCUCGACAUCGCGAGCACAUAAAACGAACAUUUUAACCCGCAUCCUCACGAUCCGGUGUUCUUGAAUUGAGCAACAGCAAGUUGUUGAUUAACAUUUAUUGAACUGUGCCUGUGAACAGUACCAGCUCAUAUCGUACAAUGGAGGAUGGUGCUCAGCUGGUUGUGCUUGAAAGGGAAGAAGUGGAUAUACCAUGGGGCUUUAAUGUAGUGCCGUGCCCCGAUGGUGUUGCUCGUAUUACGCAGGUAAAAUCGGGCGGUCUCGCGGAUAAUUUUGGUCUCUGUGAUGGGGAUCAAGUACUGCAAGUGGGCAGAAUGAAGGUCGACCCGCGCGAUGGACUGAACCUCGGCAAUGUUGAAAUGCUACUUCGAAUGCCAACGCCACAAUUAGAGAUCGUCGUUUUCAGAGACGACUUCCUUGAUCGAAAUCUCGGAUCUAUUGUGCCGAAAAAGAAACUUCAAGAAUUUCGUCCGCUACCCCGGCAAGAAAGCGAGACCGACUCAGCCGACGACGAGAAAGAAAUAAUUCCUUCAGUUCCGGUAAAAGCUCUGUCUGAAUAUUGGGAACACCCGGACCAAGAGGGUUUCGAACCUACAAAACCCACUCCGGGCCAUCUACCGCCCGAACGCAUCGAGAUCGACGAGUGGCAACGACGCGACGCGCUCCUUCGCCAGCAGCGAUACGAGGAGCAACGAAGGCAAGACGAAGCAUUCGAACGGCAGAAAUUCGCGGACGUGAGGCACGAUCAAAAGCAGGAGCAGCAAUACCAGGCAAUAGGAAAAACAGAUACGGUCAGCGCAAUGGCUGAUCAGGGCCAGGACAAUGUUCGGACAGUAGAAGAGACGCUACCUGAUGGAACCAAGAUCAUUCGACGAAUCAUCACUAAAAAGGCCGGACAGGGAACUCCUAUACCGAUGUCCGAUGGUGAGCGAGAGGUUCAAGAGUUCGAAGACGUCUUGCCUGAUGGAACUAAGGUUAUCAGACGGGUUAUUCGUACGAAGCGACCGGCACAACAAAUCCAACAGAUUCAACAGCAGAACGAUGAAAACGUUAGUAUUCGUCAGGUGGAAGAGACGCUUCCUGACGGCACGAAGGUAAUCCGAACGUACCGAACGGUCAAAAAGCAGGUGCAUCAGGAGGAAAGCAUGGAACCGCAGGAUGACGAUGGGGAUGAUGAUCGGGUUCAGCUGCAUCAGACCGCUAGCCAACAACAAACCCAAGAGGUUCAACAGCAACAAACCCAAAGGAUUCAACAAACUGAACAACAACAAACAGUCCAGCAAACGACAAUCACCCAGCGACAGCAGAUCGAGCGAAGGGAAGUGCACGAAAUGACUCACGAGGUUCACGAGACGCGAUCUCGGUCUCCGCCGCCGCGUACGAUUGAAGCCGCUCCUGAGCCUCGCCAGGCUCCGAAGCCCUCUCCUCGUAGCCGCUCUCCACCCCCUAGACCUUUGCAGGCAGCACCAGAGCUUCAACGUCCCCAGCAGCAGCCCAGAGGUGGAUCACCCCCGCCUCGAGUACUUGGACAGGCCCCUGAACCUCGUCAGCCUCAGGGCCAAUUACAGCAAUCGCCAUCGCAAUCUCAUUCUGAAACCCCUAAGGCUUCAACUGCAGCUCCCGAGCAACAGCCAACAGCCAUGCAGAGACCUCCGGCUACACCCGGUACUCAGAGAAGGGCGGAUCGCAAUUGGGAGGAGCAGCAAAAGCGCGAAUUUAAGGAGUAUUUGCGCAUUCGUGAGCAGCAGGGUCCUCCACCACAGGGUCCCAAAUCGAACGCCGACUACGUGAGUAAAUACCAAGAACAACUGUUAAAGAGGAGGCCUUCACAGGGUGGACACCAGCCAGGAUCUAUUGAAGAUUAUCGGAAACAAUACGAACGAUCGACAAGAAGAGAAAGUACACCAACGUCUGCGCCACUCCCUGGUUCGAAUACAGAAUACCUCCGUAUGUACGAGGAGACUCUCAAGAAGAAGGAAGAAUACGACAGACAACGCGCGGAAGAUCGCUUCGAGAAAGCGCAAGGCAGAACCCAGGAAGAAUACAAAAGAUUCUACGAAGACGAGCUACGGCGUAAACAGAUUCUCGAGCUUGAACAGGAAGAGGAGCGACGGCGCUAUCUUGAAGAACAAUCUAAACAACGAGAGAAUAUUUCCCGUAGUAAAGAGCUUUAUCAGCAACAAUUGCAAAAGGACAUGCAAAAAAAGGAACAUUUGAUUACAAGACCAACGGGACUACGCCCAGAGAGAGUGGGUGCUCAGGCCAAUCACUGGGAGAGAAUCGCUGAUGAGGAACGCAUUAAGAUGAAUUUCAAAGUUCCGCCAUCGCCAAAAGUUCAGAGGAAGAACCUUGACGCGUGCUGGCCACCAAAGCGUGAAGAUGGCGUCCUAGUAAGACCGGCCUUCUCCCGCGAAAACUCGUUCCACGGCAGCUCCCGGAAGGUGUAUCAAUGGCCACCCCCACGAGCAUCAUCAAUCGAUCGUGAUUACGAAAGGCCCCCGACACCAACCGGGGGUUUCAAGCAUGAUAUCAACUGGAACCAGCAGAGGGAACGGGAAAGCAUGACCACCCCUCCGCCAUUUGCUCGUUCUCCACAAGUGGGGAGACGCAACGUGGUUUGGCCACCACCGAGUCCCACUAUGGAGCACAAAACAUCAUUCGAGCCCGGGCAGCGUCGAGGCUCGCAGACUGCUUCGUUAGAAGACUACCUGUCCCAGCAGCGAAACCCGGCCCACAUCCCGGCGACGUAUAGACCGCCACCAGGAACCUCGCAUCACGAAGAUCACGAUUCUUAAAACGCCUAAUAUUUUCAGUACUUCGAGCUUCACGGAUACCCCAGUUAUCUGUUCAAUAAGUUUAUGUGGCCUGAGGCCGGCUGCCUAACAAUGCCAAAUUAAGCACCUAGCAAUGAAGAUGAAUCAGUGAGAAGCCACCGAGGACAAAGAGCUUGCAUCCUCAUUAGGCUAUCUAAAUUGAAUGAUUUGCUAAAUCAAUAGCGGCAAUAUUAUAUAGUAACGUGAUGUGAAUUUAUUAAUUUAACGUUAAAUGAGGACAGCAUGCGUUUAUCAUGAUAAAACCUUUACUGUGCUGUUAUUAUGGUCCAGUCGCAGUUCACCAUACUAUAUCCCAUUGUCUGAGACAGCAUCUAAUCGCAGGACUAGAUGUAAAACUGAAUGUUUAGCACUGCGCCUUUACAUUGUGAAUGCUGACUCUUUCUAGCGUGCAUAUUUCAAGGGGGGUCAUUUGUUUGGUUCGUACCAGUUGACUCGAAGUUAUCCCUUCCCCAUUAGCUAUAUGUCAAUCAAUUGUAUGAUCUAUAUGGUAUACACGUGGAGUUCUACUACGCAGGAUUAUAAUGGAAGAUAUGGUCCUUUUUUGUUACUAAAUUCCAAAUUAGGAUUAUUAAUGAAUCACACGGUUGCGAACGCUGAUGCAAACGUGGUGCAAUUAACAACUUGUGCUUAGCAGAGCUAACUCCUAUUUGCGAGCAGUAGAUGCAUUGGACGAAUAUGAAUGAGUCAUUUAUGACGUAACUACAGAUUAAGACCUUGAU